AUGGCCAACUUCCUCGUCAGAGAGACACUUGGCUAUGAGGAAUUCUCUGAGGCCUUGACCAGGAUAUGGGAGGAAAAGAUGAAACCGGCUCUCAGGCUGCUGAUGCUUCUCCUGCUGAACCGCCUGGUGACGAAGCCCGAGGCAUGGGCUGCAGCAGGUCUGGGAAUGGAAGGUGGGGGGGUGCACUUUUUCGUGCCACUAUUGGCGCGUGUGCUCAAGCUCAUGAUGCACGGCGAAAGCUCUGACUCUGCUGACUUCAUUCACGGCCUCACCGAACGCUGGUUGAGCGACAAAGCAGCCUUCGAAAGUCGAGAAGUAGAUGACUUCUGCAACCAAGUUGGCAUUCAGCUAACCUUUCCAGCUGAAAAAGCGUCAUGGGCCCAUGGCGUGAAGGACAUGAAGAUGACAGCCUCGGCCAUACAGAUUGACCAACCGUCGGUGACUUUCAUGCUUGCGCCUGCAGCUUUGAACUCCACCAACUGCACCAAACACUACAGCUCUUGUACCAAUGGUGCUGUCCUCUACAAGAUGGCGACAGCGAUGAUCCAACUUAAUGGUGAUCGAUCGCUGAUCUUCUUCCCCGGCAAGACUUCACCGACCUCACCGACCAAGUGCCUGGAGAACAUGAACAAGAAGAGCCUGAUCUACCAGAUCAACCUGAUCCUGACCAAGCUCUCGUUCCACUUCGCAGAGCUGGCUUUGAACAACAAGUACCUCCUUCUGGAACAAGGUGAAGUGAACCAUGGUGAUGCCAAAUGGAUCAACAACAUGGUCAUCGAAGAGAACAAGAGUUGGGCUUGCUUUGAAGCCAUCAUGGGUGACUACCCCGAUGUGACGACAAUGGAGUUUGAAAUUGAACUUCACCUCCCACCGGCAGCGAAAGCAAUUUCUUCGAAAAAACUCGAUUGCCUUCUGGUCAAGAAGAUGCGUGACUCUGAGUCUGAGGUGAUCUUCAGCAAGCUCUCUCCUGAACACCGAGCCCUAUUCACAGGGGCAAAGACCAAAGAGGUGAACAGCUUUCUUCAGAACCAAGCUGUUCGCAAGAGCUUGAAUGAUGCUGAACUACAGUGGCCUUCAGUUCAGGCCUACCAGUGGGGAACGGCCAACCUUGUCCAAGCAGAAAAGCAGCCUGCAGAGCGAGUCUUGGAGCGCUUCAAUGUCGCACGCGUGAACAGGCCUGGUGGCGACCCCACUGGCAGCGUCAUCGCGAUGGUUCUCCUGUCUUGGAGAGGGUGGGAGCUGGAGCGCAAGGCGAUUGGCUUCCAGGUGGUGCUGGAAGGCGAAGACGUCAACUUUCGCGUCAAGCUCCUUUGGGGUGAACUUCAUGGAGCUGCAAGUGUCAUGGGCAGAGUGACGCAGCCCCGUGAGAGCGUGAUGAGGGUCGGCGCCCCAUUGAGAUGGCUGGCAAGCGACUACGACUUGGCCGACAGCAUGACGAAGAAACGACCUGACUGCCGAACGGGUCUAGCCAAGUACUUGGCCAAGCGCUUGGCGUUGCAAGAGAAUGCCCUUACUGCAGUGGAAGGGAUGACAGAUGCUUGGGAGAAGGCGAUUGACUACUUUAUCGGUGAUACACAGCAAGCAGUUAGGUUUUCAGUCGCCUCGAAAAUGGACGCUGUCAAGGGCUCCUUUGAUCGUACUGAGGACAGUAUCAAUGGCGCUUGGUUUGAGCACUUUGAUAUCGGCCACUUCGGAGUUGCUCGGGAGCUUUUCAGGCUCUUUGUCGAGGCGGGACAUGGCAUGAACAAGCUGCUGGCAAUCGCCAAGACGGCGCUGGUUCCUUAA